GCUGUACAUUUCCUCUCUUUCUGUUUUCUUUGGCCGCGCAGCUGAUCUGAACUCACAUCAAAAUGGAGACAGGCAACGUCGCGACGACCGAGCGAGACGCCCACCUGCAGAACGUAGAGGACACGUUAAACCGCAUAGCACACCACCGAGGUGUGGAAGGGUACUUUGUAAUUGAGCCCAAUAAAGGGAAGUUGCUGAACUUUGCUGGCUUCAGCGGAAGCACGAGAGAAGUUAACCGCUAUGUAGAUAAGCUCAGAGGCUUCAUAGACCUCGCCGCCUCCACAGUCCGUACAAUUGAUUGGCGUGAUGAAAUGACGUUUCUCCGCAUCAGCUGUGGUACCGUCGAUAUUCUUGUUGCUCCUGACGCUAACAAAGAGUACACCAUGGUUGUCGUCCAGAGAAUUGAUGCUGAAGGCCAAUAG